AACGUGUGGUGUUUGUGAGAUCAAUUCCUAACAUUGAACUGAUAUGUUCAACAACAGGUGUGAGGUUUAAAAACAUGCAGCUGGAGUCUGAUGUCAGUUCCCUGUCUUGGUAUGACCUAAAAAUAGUCUGGUAACCAUCAUGUGGGCUCUAAAUGGCUCAGCAGAAGCAUGCUACGAGCUGUCCUUGCGUUGUGCCAAAACGCUUGCCAGUGUUUUGUUGGUCAACUAAAUAAUAUGUGAUUGCUGUACUCAUUUGCCUCUCUGGUAAAUAUUGCCUUGAGCCAUGGUACGCAACGUUGAUGAUCUGGACUUCUGCCUCUCUUCACACUCACAAAGCAUUCUCGAAGGACUGCGGUCCCUCUGUCUGCAUCCCAAAUUCAUUGACGUGACAUUAAGUGUAGGUGGCCGUGAAUUCCCUUGCCAUCGUAGUGUGUUGGCUCUCUGCAGCCUCUAUUUCCAUUCCAUGUUUUCUGGAAAUUUUGUGGAAAGCAUCGCUGCUAGAGUAGAACUGCAGGAUGUAGAUCCUGACAUUUUUAGCAUUCUGCUGAAUUUUGCCUACACGGGCAAGCUGACAAUCAACAAAGAGAAUGUGGAGGGAUUAAUCUGCACCUCCAGCCAGCUGCAGUUUCAAACUGUCCGAGCUGUCUGCAGUCGUUAUUUGCAGAAUCAAAUUGAUGCAACUAACUGCUUAGGCAUUCUGGAAUUUGGUGAAAUACAUGGCUGCGCAGAAGUGGUGGCUAAAGCCUGGUGUUUUGUACUGGAAAACUUUGAAGCAGUGGUAGAAGAAGAGGAAUUCUUGCUUCUGGGGAAGGAGAGGCUCGUUGCCUGUCUCUCAAAUGAAGGCCUGCAGACUCGGGAUGUCUGCACCUGCGCCAGGGCAGUCCUCUCCUGGGUCAAGCACGAGGAAGACUCACGGCUCGCCCACCUCCCAGAGCUGCUCAGUCUGGCCAGACUCUCUCUCUUGCCUCUUGAAUACAUCACAGAAACUCUCUUGAAGGAUACCUUAAUCUUGAAGAGUCAAAGCUGUCGGGAUGUUGUGGAAGGAGUCCAAAAACGGAUAUUGGAUUUACAACCAGGAACUAUAAUAGAGGGAAAUAUGAGAAGUCCACAACCCCACCUACAGGAAGUAUUGUUUGUUAUGGGAGGCCACUCCCUGGAUGACUCACAUGAUGACGAUGAUGAAGAAGAAGAAGAAGAGGAGAAUGUGUCAGCUACACCUCCGAGAAACUGUGCCUUCUACAGCACAAGGACAAGCCAAUGGUAUGUACUUCCUGAUUUCCCAGAUUACAACAAAUUGGGUUAUUCUGUGGUCUCGCUGAACAAUGAUGUGUAUAUCACAGGAGGUUCUCGAGGGUCUCGGACGCACACCUGGUCCACCACAGAGACAUGGAAAUAUAUCCCUCGAGAAGGAAAGUGGGUAACAGUGGCUCCAAUGCUAAGGCCAAGAACAAACCAUACUUCAGCAGCGCUGAAUGGAGAAAUUUAUGUCAUUGGUGGCACUACAGUGGAUUAUGUAGAAGUGGAACAUUAUGACCCUUACAGCAACAACUGGUGUCUCACUAGACCAGCUCUGAAAUAUGUUACAAACUUUACUGCCAGUGCCUGUGCUGGAAAGUUGUACCUGAUUGGCUCCUGUGCAGUGAAAUAUAAUGCGCUCACGAUGCAGUGCUACAACCCCGUCAUUGACAACUGGAGUAUUAUUUGUUCUCCAUUCAUCCCAAAAUAUCUGUCCUCUCCCCGCUCGGUCUGCUUGGAUGGAAUCAUUUAUUUAAUAGCUGACAACACUAAGAAAGUGUAUUGUUAUGACCCCAGUGCUAAUAUGUGGCAAAGGGUGCAGUUCCUUCAUACUUUACAUGAGAAUGGAAGCAUCAUAGUGCUAGGAGGCCAGCUGUAUGUAACAGGUGGGCACUGGAAGGGCAUGGAGGGCGAUUAUGGAGUGGAAGUGGAGGCAUACAGCUGUGCCUCUAAUAUCUGGCAUGUGGAAUGCAAUCUGCCCAGGCUGUGGCUGUACAGCGGAUCCUGCUCAAUAUUCCUGGACCCUUCCCAAUGGAUGGAGCCUUUCCCUCUCAAUCAGAUGUAACUAAGGGCAAAGGUAAUCAAUUACACAGCUUGUUGAACUGCCCCCAAAGAUAUAAGUACUUUUGUAUGUUCUAGACUCCCAAGCCCUGGUCCAGUAUGUGGGUAGUAUUCCUGUAAGCCAUGGGGAUUUUGCAGAGGGGUCUAUUUCCAAAAAUAAACUAUAUUCAUACUAAAAUAAACUAUAUAUGAACUAAAUUUUCAUGACCCAUGGAAACAGAGGAGGAUGGGGUCCCCUUCCGAGUCGAGGUUCCUCUCAAAGUUUCUUCCUGCUAGAGGGAGUCUUUCCUUGCCACUGUCGCCUCAGGCUUGCUUGGUGGGGUUCUGGCCGGUUGAAUGUAAAGUGCUUUGUGACAAUGACUUUUGUUAAAAGCGCUGUAUAAAUAAAAUUGAAUUGAAUUGAAAGUUAAUGUUAUGAAAUCACCAUUUGAACUUCUUGAAGCCCCUGCCCCCUUCCCGAAAUUUUUGUGCGACAUAAAUUAGUAAGUGAAGAUGAAAACGUUGGGAACACUUAUUCUAGGUAAUAUUUGCUUAACUAUAACCUCUUAAUAAAAAUAAUCAUAAACCAUGUAUCAUAUUUGUUACUACUUUGUUUAUGUCUGAAAACUGAAGUAAACUUUAAAUGGUAUUCAAACUA